CAGUCAGACACCACUUCCGGUGUCGCCACCUUCUUUGUCUCCGGCCCAACAGUUCGACACCAGGGGUUGUCUAUUUUUUCCCUUUAGUUUUUAGGAUAUAUUUAUACAUAUAUCCUAGUUUUCUGAUAUUGAAUGACAGUCGACUCUGAAAUAUUUAUGCCUAAAAGUAAAGCGCCCAAAAUGGAUGACCUGGACUACAUCCCUGUAGACCUGAGCCCAGAGGAGCGCUCUGAGCUGGAGGACAUCCGCAGGAGGAAGGGCGUCCUGCUGCAGGAGAUACAGAGGCUCAGAGAGGAAUUAAGAGAGGCUAUUUUGGAGGUGGAGGGGCUAGAGACCAGCACAGAGGGAAGUAAAACACUCCAGAAAAGUCGGCAUGUGGCAAUGGGAAGGAAGAAAUUCAAUAUGGACCCCAAAAAGGGCAUUGUGUUUCUGGUGGAGAAUGAGAUGCUCAGACAUACUUCAGAGGAUAUCUCCCAGUUUCUCUACAAAGGAGAGGGCCUCAACAAGACCGCUAUAGGAGAUUACCUUGGAGAAAGGGAUGACUUUAACAUCAAAGUUCUUCAGGCUUUUGUUGACCUCCAUGAGUUUACUGAUCUCAACCUCGUCCAGGCCCUCAGACAAUUCCUGUGGAGUUUCCGUUUGCCCGGUGAAGCUCAGAAGAUUGACAGAAUGAUGGAGGCCUUUGCUCAGAGAUACUGCCACUGCAACCCCGGUGUCUUCCAGAGCACUGACACAUGUUAUGUGCUGUCAUUUGCUAUCAUUAUGCUGAAUACAAGCCUCCAUAACCCAAACGUGAGGGACAAACCUGGACUGGACCGGUUCAUCUCAAUGAACCGAGGCAUCAAUGAGGGAGGAGACCUGCCUGAAGACCUGCUCAGAAAUCUUUACGAAAGCAUUAAAAAUGAGCCCUUCAAGAUCCCAGAAGACGACGGCAACGACCUGACGCACACCUUCUUCAACCCUGACAGAGAGGGCUGGCUUCUUAAACUUGGAGGAGGACGAGUGAAAACCUGGAAACGGCGAUGGUUCAUUCUCACAGACAACUGCCUUUAUUACUUUGAAUACACCACAGAUAAGGAACCCCGAGGUAUCAUUCCCUUGGAAAACCUCAGCAUCCGUGAGGUAGAAGACCCAAGAAAACCUAACUGUUUUGAGUUGUACAUCCCCAACAACCGUGGUCAGCUGAUCAAGGCGUGUAAGACGGAGGCCGAUGGGAGAGUAGUGGAAGGAAACCACAAUGUGUAUCGUAUCUCCGCCCCCACACCUGAGGAGAAGGAUGAAUGGAUCCACAGCAUCAAGUAUGGAAAUAAAAAUGGGAGGAUAAUGUCACAAGAAAAAUUAGGGUAGUGGUAGACCAAGAGGGCCUCAUUUAAAAAUCCUAACUGCAGUCUGGUCUUUUUAAUUGUAUAUUUUUAUGAUCCCCUCAAUUCAAUAGUGUUUCUUUGUCACUUAUACAGAUCUGCUGUCAGUGUUGAUCCCUUCUAUGAAAUGCUCGCUGCCAGGAAGAAACGUAUAUCACUGAAGAAGAAGGAGGAACAACCCUAGAGUAUUCCCAUCAUGUCUUCCUUUGUCAUUCUCAUCCCUUCUUCCAAAACUCCCUGCUCCUCACUACCCGUUCAUAGGUUUUGUUAUCCCGUUUUUCCGCCGUCCCGAGAAUGCAUCCUCUCCCCGAUAGGACUCCUUGCUGUCCUUCCUAUUAGACUCUUGAAAGCCACAUCCAGAGUGAGGCGUUCACCCACUGUGGCUGCCUCUUGUAAUCUUGUUUCUUACACUCCUGCUGUUAUACACGACCUGACGCACGACAGCCAGUUUGUCCCGUCUUCUCACCACAUUCCUCUCUCUCGUUCAGCAUUUAAUUAAACUGUGAAACGUGUCUUCGACCAUAUCCACACUAAUGUGUGUGAUUUUAACAAAAACAUUUCGCCUCCCAAUAUGGACAAAUUGGCCAACGCUGAGAAACUGGAGGAUUUAAUGAUUGUCAGGAUUUUAGGUCUCUGGAUUUAAUUCUGAGAAUCUUACUUUUUCCUUCCUCGUUCACAGUUGCUCCGUAAACCACAAACAAAACUCUAAAAACAGCAGACAUUUGGUCAGCAGAAAUUUGUAGCGCUGCUGGCUGAAGCAGUUUGUGCAUGCUUCAUAGUUUAAUACUACUUGUUAUGCACAACUGCAACCACAACUUUUGUCUGAAAAUGAUAGUUUGGACCAAAAAUCUUCUGAACGUAUCUGUCUGCAUUAGUGUGAAUAUGGUCUGAAGGAGCAAGCAGCUUCAGUUCUUGUGAAGUCGUCUUUCACAUCUAUUGACGCUGCCUGAAUGAGAAAUUGCCUUUCUUGAUAGUGUUUAUCUUAGAGAAAAUGUGAAUGCACUAUUCAAACACUAACCAGAUUUAUGUUUAGUCCAUGUUGGUCCGAGAGGAAUCGGUCAAGUCAAAGCAGCAAAUGAUUAGAGACGUGUCCAUCACUUCCGAUAGUAUUUUUAAUGGCUUUGACACAAAUGGCUCCUGUCUUCUCUUGGAUACUUUAACCAUUAUGUGAGGAAAAUGUCACUGUUCAUGACUAAUCGCCAAGUUACUGUUGACCUUCAAAUAUGGUCGUUUCUCAAGGCCGAACGGUUGCUUCACUUGCAGAAAUAAUGGAGAAAGCUGUACCUCUCCUUCCAGAUAGCUACUGUUUCAGCUUACUGAGCAUAUAUAUAUAUAUAUAUAUAUAUAUAUAUAUAUAUAUAUAUAUUUCUUCAGCAUGUUUUCUUUUUUUACAUGUUGGAGCAAUAGCAGAGUAAACCGUAGUUCCAGUCUGUAGGCUUGUUUACAAAUCCUUCAUACCACUAUACUGAGCAUGUCCUCUCAGAUGUAAUGUUCUAGCAUAACACAAAUAAUGUCCUUCCUGCCGAUGAACAUUGACAUCUUUCUCACGAGUAAUAACUCUGUCAGACAUUUAACUGUUAGAGCCGGGUCUGUCCACUAUAGGGAGCUUUGAGAAAUCACAACGGCAGCUCAUUACAAUGUAUACUUUUUGUAAAUAGAUGUUAGCAUAUUUGUUUACGAUACACAUAGAAAUGAUUUAAUUUAUUCUUUAUCUUUUGUUAAAAUCUGAUUUUUGUACGAGCUACUGUAGGACUGCAUGUUGAUAAAUUGGUCAGUCGUAGGUACUGAUGCAUCGCUGAUCAUGCUAGUGCACUGAAUUGAAAAGUUUUAGUGUUCCCUGUUGACAUGGACAAAUUGCAUUUAAUAUGGAAGUUGAUUUACGCGUAGAGUAAAUUGUUUUAAUCUUAGUUUUAUUGGAAAAUAAAAAAGAUAUUUAGGAAAUGUUUAGUAGUCUGAUUUAACUCUUGGCCACCCUGUUGGUUUUUGGAGUAAACCAGACUGUAAAGCACAAGCAGGAAUGAGUCUCUCACUCUACGCUGUUCACACGCUGAAAUAGACAUUUCCCAUCGUACCACGGUGAUGGAAAUGAAGAGACAACAAAACAAGGAACACUAACGAAGCUUUGAUUCAUUAUAUAAUAUUAAAAUGUUCAGAUGUAAUGAAUCAGUAACAAGUCUAGAUUUGUGUCCAGUGAUAGUUUUGCUUGACAUCCAGUUCAUGAACUUAUUACUAGUAGUUUGUUGACUUGGCAUUUUAAAUUGUAGUGAAAAUACUUGUCUACUGCACUUUAUCAAUUUUAGCAUUUUGGAGAAAAUGCUGUUACUUUGACUGACAAUACUCUUUAUCACCCUCUACUGGCGAUCUCACACACUGCAAUAUGAUGAAGGAUGAACCAUGAACUGUAGAAAUACUGUAUAACGCCACCACCUGGUGGGUGCCGGCUUUAGCAGUUGUUUUUUUCUAACAACAUGUACCGUAUUUGUUCACCUGAUGAUAAAGAUCAUGUUGUUUGAAAUGAAAUGAGGUCUUUUCUCUCUGAUCAGAACAUGUAGACCGUUUUAAAGACACAGCAAGUGAUGAAUCCUUCAGAUACAGAUUGCCUUUUACUCUCCUCCAUCGAACUGACCACGGCCUAAAUGUAUACCUCCAUGUUAGUGCAUCCACUCAAAAACAUGGACUGCCUGUUGGCCUUCGCUUUCUGGGUAUCCUUGAAGUGCAAAGUUGCCAAAAAAAAUGUUGGGUCAACAAAUAUUUCCAUUAAAACUAAAUAUUGAACACUGAAAUGAUCAGAUUGAAACUGGGCCUGUUUCUGAUUCCACCCCGUUCAGAAAAUGUGUUAAUUUUGUAUUUUAUUUAUUUUUAUUUACUGUGAGGUGAAGAUGGAUAGAUCAUCUGUAAAUGUAGCAAAAUGAAAACGAUACAUUGGUGCCAGUAAACUACUGUGUAACAAUAAAUGGUAAAGAUGAUGGAUUGCUG